AGCCUCUCCAACUACGGAGUCCCAGACGUGCAGUGGAGCCUUGCCGGGGGAAAUGUCAGCUUGGACCAUGGGUGCCCGCGGUCUGGACAAGCGAGGAAGUUUCUUUAAGCUCAUUGACACAAUCGCCUCGGAGAUCGGCGAACUGAAACAGGAGAUGGUGCAGACAGAUGUCAGCCUGGAAAAUGGCCUGGGACCCUCCGAAGCCCACAGCAUGGUAAGACACAAGGACGACGGCUACGCCGAGGAGAAGGAUGUGAAGGCCUGUCCCCGGGACUCGGGCUAUGACAGCCUCUCCAACAGGCUCAGCGUCCUGGACCGGCUCCUCCACACCCACCCCAUCUGGCUGCAGCUGAGCCUGAGCGAGGAGGAGGCUGCUGCAGUCCUGCAGUCACAGCCUCCGGGGAUUUUCCUGGUCCGUAAAUCCACCAAAAUGCAAAAGAAAGUCCUCUCCCUUCGCCUGCCCUGUGAAUUUGGAGCCCCGCUCAAGGAAUUUGCCAUAAAGGAAAGCACAUACACCUUUUCCCUGGAAGGCUCAGGAAUCAGCUUUGCGGAUUUAUUCCGGCUCAUUGCUUUCUACUGCAUCAGCAGGGAUGUCCUGCCAUUUACCUUGAAGUUGCCUUAUGCUGUUUCAACAGCCAAGACUGAGGCUCAGCUUGAAGAACUAGCCCAGCUGGGACUAAAUUUUUGGAGCUCUCCAGCUGACAGCAAACCCCCAAACCCUCCACCUCCCCAUAGGCCUCUCUCCUCCGACGGCGUUGGUCCUGCCUCCCGCCAGCUCUGCCUUAUAAAUGGAGUGCAUUCUAUCAAAACCAGGGCGCCUUCGGAGCUGGACUGCAGCCAGACCAACGGAGCCCUCUGCUUUAUUAAUCCUCUUUUCUUGAAAGUGCACAGCCAGGACCUCAGCGGAGGCCCGAAGCGGCCCUGCACCCGGACUCCCAGCGCGAAUGGCACGGAGAGGCCUCGGUCUCCCCCGCCCAGGCCCCCGCCACCCGCUAUUAAUAGUCUGCACACAAGCCCUCAGCUGCCCAGGAGCGCGGUCCCGGCGAGCAUGCCGGAAACAGCCAGCCAUCACCCACAUGGGAACGUAGCUCUGCUUGGAUCCAGACCAACCCCCGUCCCUCCACCCCGGCUCAAGAAGCAGGCUUCUUUUCUGGAGGCGGAGGGCGGCGCAAAGACCUUGACCGGCGGCCGGCCUCGCCUGGAGCCUGAGGGCCUGGCCCGCAGCGCAGGUGGGGCCCCGGCAGCCCCCGGGGAUUGCACAAGGGCCCGGGCCGCCGCUGCCGCCGCCGCCGCCUCUGCAUCCCCAUCCCAGCCCCCGUGGCGAGGAGGCAGACAGAGGCUGAGUGACAUGAGCAUUUCCACUUCCUCCUCCGACUCGCUGGACCUGGACCGCAGCAUGCCUCUGUUUGGCUACGAGGCGGACACCAACAGCAGCCUGGAGGACUACGACGGGGAGAGCGACCAGGAGACCAUGGCCCCCCCCAUCAAGUCCAAGAAGAAGAGGAACAGCUCCUUCAUGCUGCCCAAGCUCGUCAAGUCCCAGCUGCGCAAGAUGAGCGGGGUGUUCAGCUCCUUCCUGACCCCGGAGAAGCGCAUGGUGCGCCGCAUCGCCGAGCUGGCCCGGGACAAGCGCACCUACUUCGGCUGCCUGGUGCAGGACUACGUGAGCUUCCUGCAGGAGAACAAGGAGUGCCAUGUGUCCAGCACAGACCUGCUGCAGACCAUCCGGCAGUUCAUGACCCAGGUGAAAAACUACUUGUCCCAGAGCUCCGAGCUGGACCCCCCCAUUGAGUCGCUGAUCCCCGAGGACCAAAUAGAUGUGGUGUUGGAAAAAGCCAUGCACAAGUGCAUCCUGAAGCCCCUGAAGGGCCACGUCGAGGCCAUGCUGAAGCACUUCCAUGUGGCUGACGGCUCGUGGAAACAACUCAAGGAGAACCUGCAGCUCGUGCGGCAGAGGAAUCCACAGGAGCUGGGCGUCUUCGCCCCCACCCCUGACUUUGUGGACGUGGAGAAAAUCAAGGUCAAGUUCACAACCAUGCAGAAGAUGUAUUCGCCGGAAAAGAAAGUCAUGCUGCUGCUGAGAGUCUGCAAGCUCAUCUACACUGUCAUGGAGAACAACUCAGGGAGGAUGUAUGGAGCUGACGACUUUUUACCCGUCCUGACCUAUGUCAUAGCUCAGUGUGACAUGCUGGAACUGGACACUGAGAUCGAGUAUAUGAUGGAGCUCCUGGACCCGUCCCUGCUACAUGGAGAAGGAGGCUAUUACUUGACCAGCGCCUACGGAGCACUUUCCCUGAUAAAGAAUUUCCAAGAAGAACAAGCAGCCAGACUGCUCAGCUCAGAGGCCAGGGACACCCUGAGGCAGUGGCACAAGCGGAGGACCACCAACCGGACCAUCCCCUCAGUGGACGACUUCCAGAAUUACCUCCGGGUGGCCUUCCAGGAGGUCAACAGUGGCUGCACAGGAAAGACCCUCCUGGUGAGACCCUACGUCACCACGGAGGACGUGUGUCAGCUCUGUGCUGAGAAGUUCAAGGUGGCCGACCCCGCGGAAUACAGCCUCUUCCUCUUCGUGGACGAAACGUGGCAGCAGCUGGCAGAGGACACAUACCCUCAAAAGAUCAAGGCCGAGCUGCACAGCCGGCCACAGCCCCACAUCUUCCACUUCGUCUACAAGCGCAUCAAGAAGGAUCCUUACGGUGUCAUCUUCCAGAAUGGGGAAGAAGACCUCCCCGCCUCCUAGGGGACACGCAAGACUUCCCAGCAGUGCGUCCAAAGGGGGCUUGGGGACCCGGCCUCUGUGCUGGAGAGGCAGUCCCCUCCUUGGGGACCCCUCGGGUCAGUGACCGAGCCAUCCACAGGCCGACCUGGCCACGGGCACCUUUAGCUGUGUUGCCCACGCAAGGUAGCUGAGCUUCCAGAAACAGUAGGAUCCGUCCGUCUGAGAUGGAGAUUUGCAUCUGAUGGUUCAAAGGUCCUGAGAUUGUUGGCCACCUACCCCCGGCCAAGUUCUAGGUUGGCUCCAGUGUAUGUGUGUGUGUGUGCUGAGUGAACACUGAAGGUACAAGCCCUCCUCCUGAGUUCAGUGGCCGGCGUUUGACAAGACUGUCUGAUGCAGUGCGUCAAAGACCCUGUCAGUUCUGUGGAUGCCUCCGUCCAUCCUCCCUUCUUUCUUUCUUUCUUUCUUUCUUUCUUUUUUUUUUUACAAAGAACCUUUGUGUUUUUAUAUAUUUCAUAGAAAAUUUUAUAGCAGUUGCAGGUAAACUGUCAGGAUGGGUUUUUAAACUAUUUUUAUAACGUUAAGAUAUUCUAUAAUUAUGCAUGUGAUUUUUAACAUUUAAUAUGCAAAACAAAAUCUCUUGCUGGAUUUGAGAGUAUUGCAUUUUAAAAGUCUCUCUUCUGUAACUGGAUGUUGCGGCAACUUUGUGGGGAGAGACGGCUGGGUUUCUUAAAGCCACGUAUUACUGACACUGGCCACAGAAUGCCUUUGGAAAUCUGAUGUACUGUUAUUGCCUUGUUCCUGCUCAGUGAUGUUGCGCUGUUUUGUGUUUGAACCGAGCGAUGCUGCGGAUCAGGAGAGAAAUGAAUGUAGAGAGAGGCCGAGAGAGAAAUACAGACUCUAACGGGGGAUUAAGGAGGGUAGUCUGCUGGUUCAGGCUCCUCGAAGGAAGUGGAGAAAGGGGGUAGAAGGAACCACCUCUGCUGAAAAUACUGUAAAUACACAGUGAGAGUUGCAAAGUCAGUCCCGUGUUAUUUGCUUCUGGAAUCCAUUUCAAAAACCCCAGGAGGGAAAAAAAAAUAAUAAGAACAACAUUUUUAUCCUUUUCUACAGAAAUCAAAAUGAAUAGCAUCCAAUUAUUUGGGGCAGAAAUCACAUAAUGUAUGAUGUGACUUUGAGUGAAAUAAAUGCCAUUUGGAAAGGAGUUUGCAGACGCUCCCCCAAAAGCCCAUCUCUGUGUGGUAAGAAUGUGUGAUGAGGUUAAAUUUCUGUUUCAUGAAACCUGUUUGGGGAUUCACAAGGGAUAAGGGUCUCAUAUCAGUGUAACACAGGUAGUUACAAAAAUACGUUCUCGUACUGUGUAAAGAUGCAUAGUCAUCUAAUUUGGUUGGCUUUGUACCUUAGACCUUUUUUUAAGCUUUUGCUGUACAUCUGGACCCCUCAGCACAUACUGUGUUGUCCUUCCUUUUGUAAAUGAUUUUUUAAGUGGAAUUUUGCACAUAAUACAUUGUAAUACUGAAUGAUGA